AUGGCGCAAGAAAGCAUUGGAAAGAGAAGCAUCAGAAGAGAGUUCGACCAUGCUGGAGGUGAUAAUCUUCAGUAUCAAAAAGAAGAGUAUUUGGAGAAUGAAGAAAGUCAUUUGAAUGUUGAGAUGAUCGAAAGAGAAUCAGAUAUUCAAGGUCAAGAGCAUCGAUAUUUGGGAGGUCUCAUUGGAAACAAAGAACUCAUCAUUUUAUCGAGUUUGGGCGUUUGUAUGUAUCUUGUUAAUGGAGAAUAUGCUCAGUCGGUUUGUACUGCUCUAACUUCUGUUCCACCGGCAGUUCUCUCCUAUCGAGUUCUGACAAAUCAGCAAACCACAAAGCAAGGAUAUCAUACAAUCCUCUUCUAUUGGACUAUAUAUGGUCUAAUAGCUCUUAUCGAUCAAUUUAUUGGAUCUGCCCAAGGAUAUAAUUUGUGUAAAGGUGGUCUACUCGGUGUUAUCUUUUUACAUGCCGUUCGAUCAAACUCGGCUGCAAUUCCUCCAGCAUUGAAUUUCAUGAAUCAAGUCAGUGCUGACAUUAUCACUUCUAUUUUUACUCGUUAUGGUUCUGAUGGUUCACUCGUGAAGACUGGACCGAGAACACCAACAAUGACACAGUUUAGUGAUGAUUCCCUACGGUAUAUUUUCUCUGAAUCAGAAGUUUCUGAAAAUGGAAAAAUUGAAAUGAGUACAGCUCAUAGUUUCAUGCCUUCUCUCGAAAUGCAGAGUACCCAGCGUAUGUCAACCGGAUCUGAAUACAUGAAAAAGUCAAUAUCAUCUGAAAUGCGAACAAUGAAAAUUGAAGAAGAGUCUUCCUGUCAGAGUUCGGCAAACGAUAAACAUCAAAUUAAUUUUCAAUCGAUGUCAGCUCUGACUAUGACUCAAGGCAAUACCCCUGACAUCGUCACUAUCCCCGCUGACCACAUUACGUUUACUGGCAAUAAUCGUGAAGAAAUUGUUCAAGUUACCAAUGUCUCCCCAUUGCAUAUCAUGUUUGCUCUCAAGACGAAUGCUAACACAUAUCUAAUUGCUGCUCCGACAUCUGGUAUCCUUUUCAGUGGUCAGAGCAUGAAAAUUCGCGUCGGUGUGACUGAAAACUAUUUCGAUGAUUGUUCGGAUCCUGGUGUUUCUAUUGAUAAGUCUCAAAAUAGACGUCGUCUUGCAGUUCGUGUGUUCUACGCAUGA